CGCGACGGAGGAGGAAGCCGGCCGGCCGGCAGUUGGGUUGGGGAGGGGAGAGGAGACGAGGGUUCGGAGCGCGGCCGUCGGGCGGGCGAAUGGGCAGGAUGAGGCCGGCCGCGUUCGGCUUAACCGUCGUCCGGCAUGGGGAAACAAGAUUCAACAAAGAGAAGAUUCUGCAAGGCCAAGGUGUAGAUGAGCCCCUCUCAGAGACUGGCUUCAGACAAGCCAAUGCAGCAGGCCUGUAUCUCAGUAAUGUAAAAUUUACUCAUGUCUUCACAAGUGAUCUGCUUCGGGCAAAGCAGACAACAGCCGCAAUUCUAAAGAAGAGUAAGUUCUGCAAAGAGGUUGCUGUAAAACAUGAUGCAAGACUCAGAGAGCGGAAAUAUGGAGUGGCAGAAGGGAGGCCUCUGAGCGAUCUCAGGACAAUGGCAAAAGCUGCAGGGGAGCAGUGUCCGUCUUUUACACCUCCUGGAGGAGAAACACUUGAAGAAGUAAAAGCACGUGGCGAGGAUUUUUUUGAACACCUUUGCUGUCUUGUUGCCCAAGAAGUAUGUCCAGAAAAUAAAGCUGAGACAGAAGGAAGUAGCACAGAGAUGGCAGGCGGAAGUUCUACCAGCUCAUUGACCAACCACCGCAGCAGACUGGAAUUUAAUUCGGACAGAGGUUCUGAAAUACUGGAUGCCAAUAUACUGGUUGUGAGUCAUGGGGCAUUUAUGAGAAGCUGGGUGGGCUAUUUCAUUUCAGACCUGGCGUGCACUUUACCAGCCACUUUGUCAAAGACUGAGCUGUCUUCUGUGAGUCCCAAUACUGGAAUUAGUCAGUUCAAUAUAAAACUAGAGAUGAGAGAGGACAGUAAACCUAAAAUCCACUGCGUCUUUCUUAAUAGAGAUGAUCAUUUAGGUGAGAAGAUGAUGGCUGGAAACAUGGAGCUCUGAAACAUUUAAAGCACAAAGUUUAUGUAUGCAGUCUGUAAAAGCAUAUUUUCUUUGAAAGUAUUUUAGUGGACUAGCCUGUUGGAGGAAGGCAAAGGUCUUCUUACUCAGCAGGAAAAAAAUGGAGUUGAUUCAGUUUGGAAAGUUUGUAGCAACUGCUUAUUGGUAGCAUGCCAUACAGCCCAGUAUUGCAUAAAUGGAAAGCGGCACUUGUUUACUCAUAUACACGGCUGAAAUUACGUACCUUAACUUUUUAGCAAGUGCUGUAGUAUUAACUGAAAACGUUCUAUUUGUGCACAGAGAACUCUAUACGGUUACCCCAUGUAUUUACCGGAGGAUUAUUUGUCAGUGGUGAUGCUUCUGCAAAGCAAGAUUUCACCCUCUGGAGCCAUUUAGACCCCAUUCUAAACCUGGCUGCUUGCUUCAAUAUGCAUGAAGGAGCAUGAGCAAACAUGGAGCUGUGGCCUCGUAUUUCCUCCCAACACCCUGCCCUUAUUUCUGCUGCAUGAAGACUUAAAAUGGCUAAACCUGGAUACGUGUGGUUCACAGCAACUUGUUCACUGUAGCGCUCAGGUGCGUAGCCCAGUUCUACAGAGAGCCUUGCCAUUCUGAUGCCCUUGAACAUGCAUUUUUCCUCCGUUGUGUGAACAUUUAAUUUGUACAAAUUAACAAGUUAAAUGAUUGGAUUUCAUUUUAUUUUGUACUAACUCACUUUAAGACAUUCACACCCUGGCCUUUUGUCAAAAAGGCUCUCAGAAUGGCAAAAAGUCAGUAUUGAGUCAGUCCCUGCCUUCAGGCUCAGAAUCUAAAAAGACAUGAUACAUGAGGAAAAAGUAAGGGGAGGGAAGAGGGGAAAAGAAAGCUCCAGCACAAGUUCCUCUUGUCUGGAAGAACAGCAACUCCUGCCCAGUGUCGGAGAUGUUCUGGUUGCCUUGCCUUUGAUAAAGAGCAGCUCCCCCACCCCAAAUUGCUUUCUUCCAGGAUCAGAUCCAGGAGCAGAGUUGGUGACAAUGCAUAGUGUCCUCAUGUGUUUUUGGAAUCUGAGGGUUAUGUAAUGUGAUCUUGACAUGCUGCUUGUCACAACUAACAUUAGAUGAAGUCGCAGGCUGCAGAGAUUAGGUGGGUGUCUUGUAUGCAAAGGGUUAACUGGAGGCCUCUAGGGCCCAAGAGCAAAAGAGCAUUAGUGCACCUUUUGAAAACAGACCAGUGCCACACCCAAUCCACUGCAAGUGCUUCACUCCCCCCCCCCCCAAAUUUAGUGUCCCAGGACCAGUCAUAGUUCACUCUGGGUGCUUCCAACCAGUCACUGCAGCCUCCGAAGUGCUUUUCUGAGACAGAGAAGCUGGGAGCAGUUUAGACAAUGCUAUCUCAGAUACAAGGUGGUAAACGGUGUAAGGAGUAGGUGAGCAGAAAGCAGGUUUGUUGCUUGCUUUGGUUUAAAGCAGGGACAGGGAGCCAUGAGAAGACCCUUUGGCGGCUGGGCUGGGCAAAAAGGACUUCCUUUCAGCACAGCACAGAGAAGCUCUAGUGUGCUCUGCCACUGUGCCCCCUAUGCCGCCUCCUGUCCACCCCACCAGCCCCAAUUGACACCAGCCACCUGGGCCUACACACAGUGGAGAGCACACAUCCUCUUUCCUCUCCAAGCAGUUGUCUUGGAUAGUUCACACCAGUGGACCCAGCAAAUUUCCCCCAGUGUUGCAUCUUAGUGUGUAGAGCACCUGACACAUAAUGUUAUAUCCUUUAGGCCCCUUUUCUCUAUUUCAGCUUUCUCAGAUGAUAGUAAAGGUAUUUACAUGACUACCUCCUAUCAGUGAAGGGGGGCGGGCGGGAGAAGUUUAGUGAAGCACUUCAUUGCUCUUCCAGUGGCCCAGAUACAAACAGCUAAUUUAUUAAGCAAAAUAAGGUUUGAAAUAAGAGUUGCCAUCUCCUUUCCCUAAGCAGGUUUCUCCAUCCUUUAUGGGUUUGCCGACUUCUGCUUGCUACCGCUGCUUUUCUAGCUGUAGCAAUGAAUGCAUUUUUGAAAAAAGAUAGAAGAAGUUAGGAAUUAGGGUUGCAACUAACCACAGCACAUUAUACGAUACCAAAACAUAUCAGUGUUGUCUAAAUGAUGCACCUGUUAUGCACUCAGUUGACAUGGAAAGUAUUUAACAGAACAUGUUAAACCCAAAGAUUUUUGUUAGUUAAAUCAAAAUAGUGCUGUCCAAUUGAUUGACAGCAGUCCAUAAUGCCUCAUUGAGAGAACAUCAUUCCAACUGCAUGGCAUGCCCCCACCUCGAAGAGCAAACAAAAAUCUGAAUUAGGUUUAUCUGAUUUAAGAUUGGCAUGUCUCAGAUAUCCCCUUCCUAGUAAAGGAGCAUGCAUGUUGCCCUACACUGGGAGAUAAAAAUCAUGCUUCUCAUUUUAAGGGAGAUGUAGAAAUGUUCUCUUUCAGUCGUUUUUGAUCUACCCAGUGUGUUUCAGGAGAUGUCUAUGUUAAAUUUCAGCUUGCCGUGUGGGCUGGACAUUCUGGUGUACAUAGCAGGUCCCCUUCUAGGGAGAGGUCUGAAAAGUGUUCUGCUUCAUGUGUACCAAAUUUCAGUCCUCCCGCUCAUGUGGAAAUACCAUAAUUUCAGUAUCUCCAUUUGCAUGGAUGAGACCCACAGAAAUAGUAAUCAAGUCUAAGGAAUUUUACAUGCACACUCACUCCCUUUGCACUGCCUUUUUCCUUCCUCUUGCAUUUCUCAACUUGCUUACACACACACACUCUUCUAAGUGGGCAGCCCCCUUUUCACACACCAUUGUCACCUUCACUCCCUUUCCCCUCCCUCCUCUUUGCUCUCCCUUGCACACAGACCACCUCCAGUUCUGUGCCUCCUCCUCUCCUGUAUUCUGCACUCCCCUUGGCGCAUGCACUCCAAGCUGAUGUAUGUUACUGUAUCUUUAAGUUGAAUAGACUCUUAAGGCUGUCAGCUCAAUCAGAGAAUGUUAAGUUCAACUGAUGAAUAUUGUACAUGUAUGGAUGUUUGCUUGUUAAUAAAGUAUCUGUUCUACAUUGAAUCUGGAACUUCCUGUUGUAGGCGACACACGGUACCAAGAGUGAAAUGCAUGGUUGUGGGGAAGGUAUUAUGGAAUAUUUGAGGGCUCUGCAUCCUUUAUCUCUCUCAUAUGAUAUAGCUGAGCCAUGGAGGAGGG